AUGCCGCCUUUCUUCAUGGCACCCAUCGACGUUCACUUCUACUAUGGCGGCGAGUUGGGCGUUUUGGGUUCUUUGAGCAACACCAAAGCUCUCGCCUGCCCCGUCGCUGUAUACUCCAGAGGCAGUUUUGUUUCCUGUCAAGGUGCGCUUGGUCUCACCCGGACCAAUCGCAUUACCCACCUGCUCGAAGAUCUGCACUUCCACAAGUCUCAGAUGGAUGGAGGUUCGAACAGAAUCGUCAAUGCGUGCAUUGCCCGCGUUGCCAUGUUGAUUGUUGAGAACACCUUCUGCUCCAAGCACGAUCCACACAAGCACAAAGUCGAUUUUGACAGCCGGCUCGAGAGCGUCUUCGAUAAAGCCUUGAAGUGUCCGAUCUUUCCCGAUGCCACUGACGGCCAAGAUUAUGCCUUCAGGCGCGUUUUUACGCAGAUGCAACACACAAUCAACCCUCGAACUCCUCACAACUCCAAACGUUCUCGCGAGGAAGAAGACAACGACACGCUCCAGCCACCAGCACCAAAGCGGGUUCAUCCCCUCCACGACGAUUCUGUCCUGCAGUGGAGCGACACAAUCUAUCAAGAUACUUGGCCACCAUCACAUUCCGAUAUCGCAGGCGAAGCGAAUGACGGUGAUUCGAGCGUCUUCACGACGAACACGUCGCCUGUGGACAACAACACGGAUUUUCCAUGGCUCUCCCGCGACGACCCCUUGUGGUCUUCUAUCACUCUUCAGCAAACAGAGGGCAUCAUAGCUGGACUCUCUCCCUACCAUUCCGACGGUCCACCUCCAUCUCCAUCGGCGGAGAAGUUGACUCGCAACAACAACAUCAACAACACCAUCACCUACAACGAGCACUUCGAGCCAAGGAACAGUGCGAGCUGUUCGCCGCAAGCAUCGCAGUCACUGCAGCCAUCUCAUUCAUUGCCUUCACCACAGUCGUCGCAGUCGUCGCAGAUAUCUCCUUCCGAGGACAUCGAUCAGUGGAUCAACGAACUUUUCGAAUCAUGA